AUGGUCCACGUGCGCGCGGUGCGCGGCCUGGCGCUCGUGGCGCUGGCCCUGGCGGCCGCCGAGGCGCAGCGCAACCUGCAGCUGGGCCUCGACACCGGCCUGGGCCUGGGCUCGCUCACGUCUGCUACCACGGACGCACCGGAGACGGAUGCACCGGAGACGAGCACGAGCUCGAACUCGGGUCUGUUGUCACCGGUAACCAACCUAUUGACGACCGCCCCGACGACGGAUGCACCAACAACGGACGCGCCUUCCACCCCGACGACCGAUGCGCCGUUCACGCCGGCCACUGACGCUCCCUCGGCCCCGGAGACAGAUGCACCGGGCCUCCUAUCCCCUGUGACGAACCUGUUGACGACUGCCCCGACUACCGAUGCCCCGACUACAGAUGCGCCUUCCACGCCGGCUACUGACGCUCCGGAGACGUCUGCUACCACGGACGCACCGGAGACGGAUGCACCGGAGACGAGCACGAGCUCGAACUCGGGUCUGUUGUCACCGGUAACCAACCUAUUGACGACCGCCCCGACGACGGAUGCACCAACAACGGACGCGCCUUCCACCCCGACGACCGAUGCGCCGUUCACGCCGGCCACUGACGCUCCCUCGGCCCCGGAGACAGAUGCACCGGGCCUCCUAUCCCCUGUGACGAACCUGUUGACGACUGCCCCGACUACCGAUGCCCCGACUACAGAUGCGCCUUCCACGCCGGCUACUGACGCUCCGGAGACGUCUGCUACCACGGACGCACCGGAGACGGAUGCACCGGAGACGAGCACGAGCUCGAACUCGGGUCUGUUGUCACCGGUAACCAACCUAUUGACGACCGCCCCGACGACGGAUGCACCAACAACGGACGCGCCUUCCACCCCGACGACCGAUGCGCCGUCCGCGCCGGCCACUGACGCUCCCUCGGCCCCGGAGACGGAUGCACCGGGCCUCCUAUCCCCUGUGACGAACCUGUUGACGACUGCCCCGACUACCGAUGCCCCGACUACAGAUGCGCCUUCCACGCCGGCUACUGACGCACCCUCGACGCCUACCGCAACGAACGCGCCGGAGACGAGCACUAGCUCAAACUCGGGUCUGUUGUCGCCCGUGACGAACCUGUUGACGACUGCUCCGACUACCGAUGCCCCUGCCACGGAGGCGCCUUCCACGCCUGCCACUGAGGCACCGUCGACGUCUACUACGACGGACGCACCGGAGACGAGCACGAGCUCAGACUCGGGGCUUCUUUCUCCAGUGACGAACCUUUUGACGACUGCUCCGACGACGGACGCGCCUUCCACACCAGCGACGGAUGCGCCGACGACGUCUACUGCGACGGAUGCCCCGGAAACCAGUACGAGCUCGAACUCGGGCCUGUUGUCGCCGGUAACUGAUCUGUUGACGACCGCCCCGACUACCGAUGCUCCUUCCACGGUGGCUACGGAGGCGCCCUCGACGUCUACCACGACGGAUGCCCCGACGACUGAUGGCUCCAACGUUCUGUCGCCUGUUACGGACUUGCUGACGACGGCACCUGCUACGGCCACGGAGGCGCCCUCGACGUCUACCACGACGGAUGCCCCGACGACUGAUGGCUCCAACGUUCUGUCGCCUGUUACGGACUUGCUGACGACGGCACCUGCUACGGCCACGGAGGCGCCCUCGACGUCUACCACGACGGAUGCCCCGACGACUGAUGGCUCCAACGUUCUGUCGCCUGUUACGGACUUGCUGACGACGGCACCUGCGACGGAUGCCCCCACGGACACGACUGCCCCAUCGGCAACGACCCCGACUGCCACGUCGGUGCUGGAUCCGGUCACGGACCUGCUCACGCCUGCUCCUACGACCGAUCCGUCAGUGACGACAAGUCCUUCCGCCACGACCACGCCGGCAACUAUUUUGCCGGACGUUUCUACGCUGAUCCCGACAACCACUGACGCCCCAAGUAGUACCGACACCCCGAGUGCUACGACACCGACCGAGACGAUCUUGCCGGACAUUUCAACGUUGAUUCCGACUACCACGGAUGCCCCGAGUAGUACCGAUACCCCGAGCUCGACGGAUUUGCCCGCCACUCUGCUCCCAUCCACGGAUUUGCCGGAGACUUUAAUCCCAGGUACGGAGACUCCCGUGACUCUCACGCCCGGCACCGAGACGCCCGGCACUGAGACGCCCGGCACCGAAACGCCCGGCACCGAGACGCCCGGCACCGAGACGCCCGGUACAGAGACGCCUGGCACCGAGACGCCUGGUACUGAAACGCCCGGCACCGAGACGCCUUCCACGGGAACCCCGGCAACUGAGACUCCGUCGACCAAGACGCCUGAUGAAUCCUCCGGUUCGUCGACUGAUGACUUCACCGAGUCGCCCCCUCCCGUGACGAAGACGCCAGGCGACGAGACUACCGAGUCCCCCGAGCCGGUGACGAAGACGCCUACCGCCACCAAGUCGCCCAUUGCUAUCGAAACGAACUCGGGCAGUGAGGACGAGCAGGACGCCUCGGCUCAAAAGGACCAGACUCAAUCGGAUGUCAUCAUGUAUAACGCGUCGGCAACGCCGAUCACGGCCAAGAGCGGUUCGUCGGACCCUUUCGCCAUUCCCGAAGACACUACCGAGACUGAAAAGCCGGUCGUGCUGAACAUUGCGGGUGAAACUGGCACAAGUGGUUCGGAGGACCUAGUGAAGUACGUCCGAGGGAAGACGGGCACGUCUGGCGAUGCGGCUACCACGAAUGCCAACGUGAUUGGAGGCCGGAACACGUACGUGGACACGGAGGACAGCGACGUGCUGUCGGCGUCGGCCGCAACCUUCCACGAGUUCCUGCGUUACUCCUCCGUCGCGUUCGCUGGCAUCUCGGUGGCGCUGCUGUUGUUCUUCCACUUCGUUUCUCUGGAUGCCAACCUUGUGUGGGUCAACCCUGCGUGGAGCCCCAACACGUGGGAGUUCCUCUUUUACGUGGGCUACUUGCAGCAAAUGCAGGCCACGUCGGAACUCACGGUUCUCAAAACGCCGUACUUCCUGUGGGAUUACACGGACUCUUUCGCGUGGAGCAACUUCUUGAUCCAGGACACUUCCAGCGACUCCACCGUGGCUCGUCGCCUCGAGACGAUUGUGCUGGGCGGUGUCGUCUCGUACGCUGACCGCAUUGGAAUUUCGGAGGAGAGCAUUCUCAACCACGGCGCGACCGGUUUCGCUAUAAUCAUGGGUAUCCUGGUGAUUGUCUUCCUCGUGCUGGCUGUGUUGGCCAAGCGCAAGGCUGAGCACGCGCUGGACGAGAACUCGGACCUGAGCAGCUACACGUCCGGCGUGCACCGUCUUCGUAGCGUCUCCAUCCGCACCCUCGGACUGUGCGUUCUGGUGUGGUACUUUGCGCUUUACCCGCUGAGUAUGCUGGCGUCGUUCGAGAUUUCCAUGGAGGUUCAGUCCUCGACAGUGGCCGACUCGCUGGUGGUGGCUGUCAUUGCGCUGGUGCUGGUUUGCUUUGGCGUGCUAGCUGUUGCCGGACGUGUGAUUAUGCACAAGACGAAGAACGAGCUGGAGCAGUUCGAGAACCUGGCCACCUGGGGAUCGCUUUACUGUGAGUACACGUACCGCAGCCGCAUGUUCUUCGUGAUCGACGUGGUUGUGCAGAUCACGACGGGCGUCCUCGUGGGCUGCAUGUCCGGUGACCCGACGCAGCUCAUCGUGGUCAUGGGCAUCCAGGCGCUGUACCUCGCGUGCGUGUUCGUGAUGUCGCCGUUUGCGGACCAGUUGGUGCUCCGCAUCACCUACGUGCUGGGGCUGCUCAAGAUCCUGAACUUUGGCCUGGCGUUCGCGUUCCUCAACUCGAACACGAUGUCGGCCACCGCGCGCACCCGCGUGGCCCAGGCGUACAUUGGCAUCAACUCGAUCGUGAUCCUGGUCUGGUUCGUGCGCCAGCUCAUCGUCUUCAGCACGUACAUCCGCGCGUGGAUGGUGCGCUCGAACAACGAUUCGCGCCGCAGCAACUCGGUGAUCAAGUACGACCCGCAGACGGACACGGAGUCGGACCUCUGGGCCAGCCAGUUCACUGCGGCCGGGCCCAACGAUAGCAGGCUCAACCAGUCGGUCAACGGCUGCACGCUGACGCUGUCUGCGAACUCGGCGGGCAACUCGAUGCAGCCGUCCUACCAGAGCUCUUCGUCGUCGUACGGGCAGCACCCGCUGGAGCCGUCGUUCGCCUCGGAGGCCCAGUUCAAGCAGCAGAUGUCUCGCUUCUAA